CGAGCGGUUCCGGAGAGUGCCGUGAGCGAUACAGGCGAGUCGAGUAGUUGGGCUGUGCCGCUGGCGAAAGCUCCUCGAUCUCGAACUGCGCCUUCGCAGCUGUGUUCGGGCUGCUUGAAGAUCGUGUUUUCCCUGUAGGGAAAUGUCUCUCUUGUGUUAUAACAGGGGCUGCGGGCAGCGUUUCGACCCCGACAAAAACAGCGAUGGUAAGGCGGUCGCAGCCACACGUUCUCAUCUUUGAGCCGCAUGUUUAGUUCGGGUUUGGUGCUGAGGGCCACGAAAACUGAUGGAAUCGGCGCCCAAACAAAAUGCUUGUACGUACCACCCAGGUGUUCCUGUGUUUCACGAUGCAUUGAAGGGAUGGUCUUGCUGCAAGAGACGCACCACAGAUUUUUCUGAUUUCUUGAAUAUUCCGGGUUGUACUAAGGGAAAGCAUUCCAAUGAAAAGCCUUCUGAGCCUAUCAAACCUGAAGUGAAGACCUCCUCAGAACCAGAGCUGAAACCGAAGAGUAAUGAAAAUGUUAUGCAGAGCCGAAGACCAGUUGAAGCACCCGUAAGACCAAGCCCAGAUGCCCCUUUAGUAAGAUUGGAACAAAAGGUUUCAUUGUCAUUGAAGCAAGCACUAGAAAAACUCAAGUUAACUGCUGACAACGGACCUAGCAAGGAAGAAGAGGGUAGUAACGAAGUAAAAGUUGGGACCACAUGUAAAAAUGCAGGUUGUAACAAGACAUUUCUAGAUGCAGGCAGCAAUGAAGAGGUAUGUGUUUAUCACUCUGGAGUGCCCAUUUUCCAUGAAGGGAUGAAAUAUUGGAGCUGCUGUAAGAGAAAAACUUCUGAUUUCAAUUCUUUCAUGUCCCAAGGGGGCUGUACCCAAGGCAAGCACAUGUGGACCAAAGCAACAGCCAGUAAAGUUGUACCAUGCAGACAUGAUUGGCACCAAACUGGGGGACAAGUCAUAAUUACUGUUUAUGCCAAAAACUCUGACCCAGAACUGAGUUAUGUUGAAGCAAACAGCUCAGUGCUGAAUAUCCACAUUUUAUUUGAAAGGGAAAAAGAAUUUGAACACACAGUGAACUUGUGGGGUAUCAUUGAUGUUAGUAAAAGUCAAAUGAGUAUGACACCUGCCAAAAUUGAGAUUACAUUGAAGAAAGCUGAACCAAUAUUAUGGGCUCGGCUUGAACUACCUCCUCAGCCCGAGAAAAACGAACCUGCACCAGAUUCGAAUGAUGAAGAUGAUUGAAAGAAGCUGGGACCAAUUUAGAAAAGUGAAGUAGGUGGUGGAAGCAACAUUUGCUAUUGAAAUUGAUUUUAAUCGUGUAAUGUGUCUACACUCUGUGUAUUCCCAUUUUGCAAACAAUUUUCAUAGAAUAACUGUAUGCAAAGCUGUUUAUGAAGAACUGUACCACACUUUGUCUUAAGCUGUAUAGAUUUGUUCAUGUAACGUAUGAACUGUAAUAUCCAGUACAUGGAUUAAAAUCCAGAAGCAACACAGCAUUCUUGAUUGAAUUGAAAUAAAGAUCACUUAACUAAUAA